AUGUGGGGUGUGAUCAGAAUGCGCACUUUUCGCAGAUCGACUAGAAAUGCCGCCCCAAGAAUGAAGCGACCAAAGCCGAGAGCAUCGGAAAAGCAAAGGACACUGGAGAGACACUUUGGUUCUCGUCAACCAACCAGGAACCGAUUCAUCAACGCCAUUUACUGGGGAUUCCGUCGCUGUCAAUUCUGGCUGUGCUUCUAUGAUGAUGAAGUCGAAAUCGAUGUGGAGGACCUUCUAUCCAACCCAUUCAACACCCAGCCUCCAGGACUUGAUCAACUGGUUCAGUUGACCGGAUUCGAUCGGAAAUGGAUCAUGUUCAUGUAUCGGAACUUCAAGCAGAAGUGCUCAAACGGGCGAAUGACCGAGUCCCAAUGGCGCAUCGUCUUUCGUAGUCUAUUUCCGCAAGCCAACGACUCUGCAUUUGUGGAUAGGCUCUAUUCAGCAAUCAUCAAGAACAAACAACAUCAACAGAUCACUUUCGAGGACCUUAUCAUUUGUCUUUGGGAACUUUCGGAUGACGGGAAGUCGUCAGAAAUGAGCAAUUCGCAUAUCAAUCCAUCGUCUCGUGCUCAAUUCGCAUUCCAUUUGAUGGAUGUGGAGGGAAAGGGCCGAGUUGACGAAGCCGGUUUCAUCAAGUACACACGCUGUGUAUUCGCUCUGACUGCUUCUCACCAGGUCAUUGAUGCGGUAACCAUCGGACUACCAGCUGGAAGCAUCUAUAGAUCAAAAUCGGCAGAUGACGAUUUGAAGCCGUUGUCUCCAUUGAUCGCUAGAUUCUCGGCGAAGAGAUUCAAGGAACUUGAUGAAGAUCGUGACGGCUACAUUACCGUUCGCGAUAUCGAACGAGAGAUUGAAAUCCAGCAAAACGAAGCAAUCUGUCUAAAAUCUCUGAAAAAUUUCACAAUUCAAGAAGAAGAGGAUGAUGAAGAUGUGGACAUAAAUCCUCUACUCUCGCCGAGCACCAGUGGCGGUUCCAAAAAGAGGGACUAA